AUGUCCGAAAAGAUGAUAUCGAUGUCCACACUCACCACCCGGACAGAUGACAUACGCCGGGAUACAGCUCGUUACAACGAAUCUUCUACCCCAAAUAGAAGAUCCGGCAUAUCUCAGUAUAGGCUGAUUGAAGACGUCGAAGAUCUAGACAGAUACCACCCCGGAGGAUACCACCUUCGAAAAGUCGGAGAUGAGUUAGAUAAUGUCCGCCGUCGAAUGAUCAAUAAGCUUAAAUAUACAAAAUACUCGACCAUAUGGCUGGCCCGUGAUCUACAAAAAGCUCAAUAUGUGGCAGUGAAAGUGAUCACUGCUGAUGCUAGUGUCUGCACGCCUGGAAGAGGAGUUAUUCCACUCCUCCAGCCACCUGAAGCCCGGUUCUCAGACGAGCCGCUGUCUUUUGCGUCAGAUAUCUGGACACUUGCCUGUACCAUCUGGGAGAUUGUUGACCAGCGCCCAUUGUUCGAGACAUUCUUCCCAGCUGCCGACCGCGUUACCACAGAGCAAGUCGAGGUCCUUGGCAUCUUACCUCCGGAGUGGUGGGAAAAAUGGAGCAGAAGACUAGACUGGUUCAAUGAAGAAGGCGAAUUGAACGUGAAACCAGAAAUGUCUGUGCGCAGGGCCUUAUGCGCGAGGUUUGAAUACUCUAUACAAGCGGCACGGUCUGAGGCGGGCCUAGAAACUAUGACGGUAAAGGAAAGGAGGGCGUUUGAGGUGAUGCUUCAGUCGAUGCUGAUCUAUCGGCCAAAUGAAAGAGCAACAGCUCAACAGGCAUUGCACUCGGAAUGGAUAAAAAACUGGGGCAACCAGCUUUGGAACAGAGCUGGAGUAUACUUCCACAAAAGAGUUAUGAGAAGAGGGGUUUAUCCCGGAGAGAUUAGUAAUACGCGAAUGUCCAUGCUGUCCGGUUCCGAGUAA